UGUACCCUCAUUAUCCUGUCUCCUUCUCUUUGGGCCCAGAAGAAGUGAAGGUGAAAAUGGUUCGGUGAGUUGAACUCCCCCCUCUCAAGACUCUUACACUCAGUUGCUCAACCCUGGUCUUGAUCUGCCUUUGCCUAACGCGUGAUGUCAACUUCUCUCUUUCUUUUCCUUGUUCUCUCCGUUCCUUUACCAUCACUACUUUGUCCUUUAGUCUUUUCUGCUGUCUUGUGUAACGUUUUGUUUUUAAACUCUGUAAGAAUUCCCAGCUAUUUUGCAGUCGUUUUUCAAAUUCUUGAAAUGUUGCCCAAUUCUGACUGAUUCUACAUUUGCAUCCUACUGUUAGUCUAUCAAUAACUUUAUCAUGUCUUGUGUAGCUAGCUACAUCUACACUGAAACUUGGCAACAGAUAUCAAUGUGAUGGUCCACUUGCGACUGAGAGGUUGUCGAAAGAAAGAUAAUAGAUUGUACAUUUACAAUCAUCAAUCAUUCCCUUUAGUUUAGAAAGCAUGUUCAGUCCCACCUCUCAGACGUGUGAUACUAUACUUAGCAACAGGUCGUUCUGUAGAAUAGGCUAGUAUAGUAGCCACUGAAUGAAAAGCUGGUGUGUUGUGGUGAGGUGUGUUCUGUGGGUUUGUGAGUCGGUGGUCUGUCUGUCAUCUCUUAGGCCUUAUGCAGGCUUUACCAUUCAAAUGUUAUGCUAGUUCUUUGCCUUGAAACAAUAUUGUAUACUUGUAUGUUAGUGUAAACUUCAAAAAGGUUGCAAUAAUGCUGUGAAGACUACUCUAUACCUAGUACUGUGUUAAUCUAUGACCUGAUAAUGGAAUGCAGGGUUUUGAAAUGGGAUUAAACAGACACACUGUGAUUUAACUCAUCUUUAUUACCACGUCUCAUAUCAUUUCCCACCGAGGGAAGAAACUGAGUAUCAAAGAGAUGAUGUGGCUCAGUGGACAGGUGCGGCAGGGCCAGAUGAUAGCCAUUUGUGUGUGCAUGUGCUUAUGUGUGUGGCGUGAUCUGUGUGUGUGUGGUUUGUAUAUACUGUACAGUCGUAGUCAAAAGUUUUGAGAAUGACACAAGUAUUGGUCUUCACAAAGUUCGCUGCUUCAGUGUUAUGAGAUAUUUUUGUCAGAUGUUACUAUGGUAUACUGAAGUAUAAUUACAAGCAUUCCAUAAGUGUCAAAGGCUUUUAUUGACAAUUACAUUAAGUUUAUGCAAAGAGUCCAUAUUUGCAGUGUUGACCCUUCUUUUUCAAGACCUCUGCAAUCCACCCUGGCAUGCUGUCAAUUAACUUCUGGGCCACAUCCUGACUGAUGGCAGCCCAUUCUUGCAUAAUCAAUGCUUGGAGUUUGUCAGAAUUUGUGGGGUUUUGUUUGUCCACCCGCCUCUUGAGGAUCGACCACAAGUUCUCAAUGGGAUUAAGGUCUGGGGAGUUUCCUGGCCAUGGACCCAAAAUGUCGAUGUUUUGUUCCCCGAGCCACUUAGUUAUCACUUUUGCCUUAUGGCAAGGUGCUCCAUCAUGCUGGAAAAGGCAUUGUUCGUCAACAAACUGUUCUUGGAUUGUUGGGAAAAGUUGCUCUUGGAGGAUGUGUUGGAACCAUUCUUUAUUGAUGGCUGUGUUCUUAGGCAAAAUUGUGAGUGAGCCCACUCCCUUGGCUGAGAAGCAACCCCACGCAUGAAUGGUCUCCAGAUGCUUUACUGUUGGCAUGACACAGGACUGAUGGUAGCGCUCACCUUGUCUUCUCUGGAUAAGGUGUUUUCCGGAUGCCCCAAACAAUCGGAAAGGGGAUUCAUCAGAGAAAAUGACUUUACCCCAGUCCUCAGCAGUCCAAUCCCUGUACCUUUUGCAGAAUAUCAGUCUGUCCCUGAUGUUUUUCCUGGAGAGAAGUGGCUUCUUUGCUGCCCUUCUUGACACUAGGCCAUCCUCCAAAAGUCUUUGCCUCACUGUGCGUGCAGAUGCACUCACACCUGCCUGCUGCCAUUCCUGAGCAAGCUCUGCACUGGUGGUGCCCCGAUCCCGCAGCUGAAUCAACUUUAGGAGACGGUCCUGGCGCUUGCUGGACUUUCUUGGGCGCCCUGAAGCCUUCUUCACAACAAUUGAACCUCUCUCCUUGAAGUUCUUGAUGAUCUGAUAAAUGGUUGAUUUAGGUGCAAUCUUACUAGCAGCAAUAUCCUUGCCUGUGAAGCCCUUUUUGUGCAAAGCAAUGAUGACGGCACGUGUUUCCUUGCAGGUAACCAUGGUUAACAUAGGAAGAACAAUGAUUUCAAGCACCACCCUCCUUUUAAAGCUUCCAGUCUGUUAUUCUAACUCAAUCAGCAUGACAGAGUGAUCUCCAGCCUUGUCCUCGUCAACACUCUCACCGGUGUUAACGAGAAAAUCACUGACAUGAUGGCAGCUGGUCCUUUUGUGGCAGGGCUGAAAUGCAGUGGAAAUGUUUUUUUGGGAUUAAGUUCAUUUUCAUGGCAAAUCACUCUUCAUAACAUUCUGGAGUAUAUGCAAAUUGCCAUCAUCAAAACUGAGGCAACAGACUUUGUGAAAAUUAGUAUUUGUGUCAUUCUCAAAACUUUUGACCACGACUGUAUGUAUAGGUGUGUAAUGUGUUUCUCUCUGUGUAUCCAGGUGGUUCCACAGGGAUAUCUCUGGCGUGGAGGCUGAGUCUGUUUUGAAGAGCAGAGGAGUCCAUGGCAGCUUCCUGGCCCGACCCAGCAGGAAGAACCAGGGAGACUUCUCUCUCUCUGUCAGGUAGGAAUACACUCCAUCUCUUUCUUUGUCCUUAUCUCUCUCUCUGUCAGCUAGGAUAUCCUCUCUCUCUCUUUCUCCUUCUCUCUCCAUCAGGUAGGAUAGGAACACUUUCUAUCUCUCUCUUUCUUCUUCUCUCUCUCCGUCAGCUAGGACAUCCUCCAUCUCUCUCUUUCUCCUCCUUUCUCUCCGUCAGGUAGAGGUACACUCCAUCUCUUUCUCCUUCUUUGUCUCUCCUUCUCUCUCCUCUCAACCUACAGUGUCUUCGGAAAGUAUUCAAACCCCUUGACCUUUUCCACAUUUUGUUGUGUUACAAAGAGGGAUUAUAAUUGAUUUAAUUGUUAUUUUUUGUAAUCAUUGCUAGACAACCAUUUUCAGGUCUUGCCAUAGAUUAUCAAGCAGAUUUAAGUCAAAACUGUAACUAGGCCACUCAGGAACAUUCACUGUCCUUUUGGUAAGCAACUCCAGUGAAGAUUUGGUCUUGUAUUUUAGGUUAUUGUACUUCUGAAAGCUGAAUUCCUCUCCCAGUGUCUGGUAGAAAGCAGCCUGAACCAGGCAUUCCUUUAGGAAUUUGCUUGUGCUUAGCUCCAUUCCUUUUCUUUUUUAUCCUGAAAAACUCACCAGUCCUUAACGAUUACAAGCAUACCCAUAACAUGAUGCAGCCACCACUAUGCUUGAAAAUGUGGAGAGUGGUACUCAGUAAUGUGUUGUAUUGGAUUUGCCCCAAACAUAACAUUACCUUGUUGCAAACAAGAUGCAUGUUCUGGAAUAAUUUUUUUCCUUUACAGGCUUCCUUCUUUUCACUCUGUCAAUUAGUUUAGUAUUGUGGAGUAACUGCAAUGUUGUUGAUCCAUCCUCCGUUUUCUCAUAUCACAGCCAUUAAACUCUGUAACUGUUUUAAAAAGUCACCAUUGGCCUCAUGGUGAAAUCCCUGAGCGGUUUCCUUCCUCUCCAGCAACUGAGUUAGGAAGUACGCUUGUAUCUUUGUAGCUACUGGGUGUAUUGAUACACCAUCCAAAGUGUCAUUAAUAACUUCACCAUGCUCAAAGGAAUAUUAAAUGUCGACUUUUUUAAUUUUUACCCAUCUACCAAUAGGUGCCCUUCUUUGUGAGGCAUUGGAAAACCUCCCUGGUCUUAGUGGUUGAAUCUGUGUUUGAAAUUCACUGCUCGACUGAGGGACCUUACAGAUAAUUGUAUGUGUGGGGUACAGAGAUGAGGUAGUCUUUCAAAAAUCAUGUUAAACACUAUUAUUGCACACAGAGUGAGUCCAUGCAACUUAUCUUGGUAAGCACAUUUUUACUCCUGAACUUAUUAAGGCUUGCCAUAACAAAGGGGUUGAAUAAUUAUUGACUCAAGACAUUUCAGCUUUUUAUUUGUAAAUAAUUUGUCAAACAUUUGAAAAACAUAAUUCCACUUUGAUAUUAUGGGGUAUUGUGUGUAUUCCAGUGAUCAAAAAAAUCUACAUUUAAUAAAAUGUAAUACAUUUGAAUUUCAGGAUCUAACAACAAAAUGUGGAAAAAGGCAAGGGGUGUGAAUACUUUCUGAAGGCACUGUAUGUUAACCCACAGCGUUUCGCUACACCCGCAAUAACAUCUGCUAAAUAUGUGUAUGUGACCAAUAAAAAUUGAUUUGAAAAAUUGAUUUGAUCGAAUUUGAUUUACAGUAUAUCAUCUCUACUCACUCAUCCUUUCCUCUCUCCUUAUCUUGCCCUCCGUCAGGUACAGAUACACUGCAUCUCUCUUUCUCUCCUUUUUUAAUAUAUUUUUUUACUUAAAACUAGCUUAGGAACAAUUGUCUACUGUCACUGACUGGCCCAUGAAUGUCCUCUGAUCUUUGACCCCAGGGUUGGUGAGCUGGUGACCCACAUCCGUAUCCAAAACACAGGGGACUUCUACGACCUGUAUGGAGGGGAGAAGUUUGCCACGCUGUCCGAGCUGGUGGAGUACUACACUGCAGAGAACGGGAUCCUGCAGGACAAAGAUGGCACCAUCAUCGAGCUCAAAUACCCCCUCAACUGCUCCGACCCCACCACCGAGAGGUCAGUGCACUCUCAUCUCUAACCUUUAACCUUUACCCCUAAACCUUAAUACCACCAGAGUCAGUCAGUCAAGUCUGUGUACUCUUCUCUCAAACCGCUAACCCCUAACUUUACCAUUCAGAGGCCUGUGCUCUUCUUUCAAACUGCAUGUCUAUCAAACUGAAGCAGAUCAUAUCAAAUGCUCCUGAGACAUUUAACAUCCAGGCAUUUUGCAAUUAAUAAUUUGCAAAAUAUUUAUGUUGAGGAUCACAAGGCUUUCAGAAGGAAAGGUACUUCUUUGGCCUUUACUUUGAGGCGUGUGCGUGCAUGUGUGUGUGUAAAUCCCUCAUGUUCUGCCCUCACUGCCCCUCCUUUCCCCGCUCUCUUUUCUCGCUCUCCCUCUGUCAGUUUGACUUCCCUUUCUUGCUGCGGUUGGAAACUUUAGGUUUUGACACAUUUGAAAACAGUGACCAGACCCACCUCACCUUCCUCUCCUAACCUCCAUCUCAGUCUUGCUCUGUUUCAGUCUUUCUGAUCUCUUUCUCGAUACCCAUCUUUAUGCCUCUGUAACUUUCUCACUCAUCAUUAUUCACAAUUAAUUCAUGAUUAUCUGUAAUCAUAGUAGGAUCCACAUUAAUGUAGAAGUGUUUAGAAACAUCUUAUAUUCUUAUUUACAAUAAAAGUGACUCCAAAAAGACAAAAUACAUUAUUUACCAAGGAGGAUAACUGAAGUAGUAUUUCAUACAAGUGGAGGACACCCCCAACAUAGCAGUAUUCGUAUCUGGGUUAGAGUUUUAGUACAUUCUACAGAGAUUUUGUGAAUGUACAGUUAUUCAUACUGUGAUAAAUUGUCUGGUCAACAGAUUCAUCCAGGGCCAAGAGCAUGACAGAACAUAGUGUUAAAAAGGGGAGGGGGGGGGGGGGGGGGGGGGGGGGGGGGGGGGGGGUGAUAUGGGGGGGGGUUUGUCUGAGGCUCAGGCUAUAAAUAUCCUGUUGUCUUGAGCCACGAAAUCUUGUCAUCAGAAUUUUCCGACCGCAAAGCAGGAUGUUCAGAUGAAGAAAUCGAGAACUGUGCCUAAAUUUAAACAGCAGGCAGCACUCAGAGACGAUCCCCAUACUAACAGUGUAAACUCUCCCAGACAUGCACGCAAACACACAUUCACACACACUAUACUCACAGGACAAAAAUACUUGCAUAAACCCACAUACAGUGCAUUUGUACAGGCUGUAAAUACACAUUAGUAACCAAAAUGUCCUCAACCAUUUAUUAAAGUCCUCUACCACUUUGCAACACAGUUACAGUACAUUACAUUUACGCUCGCUUUCACGGUCUGUCCGGUAGCACUGAACAGGCUGCACACCGUACUUUUACAGUAUAGUACUAUACAGACCUGUUCUAACACACCGGCUUCUGCUUUAUGUGCUGCUUAUCAUAACUAUGAUUAGCUGAAUCAUAUGUGUUAGAGCAGGGCUGGAGCAAAAGCCUGUACACAGAGCAGCUCUCCAGGAGGAGGGUUGUCCAACCCUGGUGUAGGGCAUAGUGAUGUCUCCAUUAGAGCUUCAUUGACCCCUUCUCUAUCAUACACCAUACAGGUGGUAUCACGGACACCUGUCAGGCCCCAACGCAGAGAAGUUGCUAUGGGAACGGGAUGAGCCAGGCACCUUCCUGGUGCGUGAGUCUCUGUCCAAACCUGGAGACUUUGUUCUGUCUGUUCUGACUGAGGAGAAGAGCAAGGCAUCCAGCGGAGGGAGGAGGGUCUCACACAUCAAGAUCAUGUGCCAGGUGUGUGUGUAUAUGUGUGUUUGUGUGUGUGUGUGCGUACGUGCAUGAGUGUGUGCAAGCGUGUGAGAAUGUUUGUGUGUUUUUCUCUCUCUAACUCACAUUCACUCACAUUCACUAUUAUAAUUCACAUUGCAAUCUUUUCUAUAGUUUUUCCCAUAUCUGAGUACAUCUUAUGAAACCAGACCAAUUUUCAGUUUCUCCUAAAUGUUCAUUCUUAUGCAAUGAGUGACCUUCCUGCUUCCAACAUCUAUGAGAAAACCUGACAAACUUCAAACACACCACCACUACUGUCUCAGCACAGAAACAGUUAUGCAAAGUCAAGUCAAUAUGAACAUGGAGGUUUGAGGUUGAUAGAUGUCACUGACGACAUCCUGGUUACAAAACGUUUACUUUUGCCAAGCGGUUAUGUUUUAAUUAGUUAGUUACGUAUUUCAUUUAGACCCUUAGGUGAUGUGUGAAAAUUCAUAUACGAUUCCAAUAAAACACAUGAGAAUUGGUAUUCACAUAUAUUAAUGUGUGUACAGUAACUACCACUAGAAAUAAAAAUAGCAUAGUAAUUUCAGAGUUCAGAGCUAGACUAACUUACUGCAUUCAUCCCCAAACCUCAUUUUCAUAGAUUAAACGUUGUCAGCAGCACCAUCAGGAUUAGUUUUGUUUUAGCUGUGGUUCAUCUCAUUGCAGACAUGAGACAGAUUUGAAUGAGAGGCAUUGUAGGGCUGGAGUCUGGAGAAUUCAGAGUCAGAAGAUUAUCACGGAGGUCAUUGAGUCCUGGCACAGGCCCUACCAGGAGCAAGCAUCAGGUGCAUUUCCUGAUAGCUAAUAGGAAGUACAUUAAAUAUAUUUUAAAGGUACUUUUGUAUACUUUUUGGCCAAAAGUGGUCCCCGAAAAUUGCGUACUAUGUCACAAAUGGGCAGAUAUGUGCACCAUGUCAUUGCUCUCUCUCUCUCUACUGUGUGUGCGUCUUGCUAGCUGUCACUCAAAUGGCGAGGGGCUGAAGCUCAUGGACUGAAACUCAAAUUGCUAGGGGGCUUGCCUACGUGGGGGUAAAUGUAGGGGAAAAUGGCACAGCACAGCUUCCAGAAAACAGUCUCUUUCAAACUAGAGAUUUCAUGGCUAACUGAGGUAAAACUGCAAUUUUGCUCAUAGAUUAUGCAUGUAUGAACUACAGAUUGACACAUUCAGCCCAAAGCGGGAGGUUUAAAAAAUACUUACUAGUCGCCAAAGUACCGACGCAUGCCUUUAAAAUACAUGAAGUAAACUGGCUGUCAUUUCUAAAUGAAGUCUGGUGAGUCGGCCAUCCAGCUGUAUGAUUAGAUCAGAUUAGAUAACAUUUAUUUCCCUCAUGUGGAAAUUUGUUUUCACAGCUUCAUCAGCAUACAGCUUACUGAAAAGAGGUCAAAUGUGCUAAACAUAACGAAAGAACCAAAACCACAGUUACCUAAAUAACAUUAUUAAUGUGUAUUAUUGACCGUUUCUAUAUUCUAUAUCGUUCCGUGUGUGUGUGUGUGUGUGUAUAUAUAUAUUUACACAGUCCCAGUCAAACAUUUGGACACACCUACUCAUUCAAGGGUUUUUCUUUAUUUUUACUAUUUUCUACAUUGUAGAAUAAUAGUGAAGACAUCAAAACUAUGAAAUAACACAUAUGGAAUCAUGUAGUAACAGAAAAAGGUGUUAAACAAAUCAAAAUAUAUUUUAUAUUUGAGAUUCUUCAAAAUAGACACCCUUUGCCUUGAUGACAGGUUUGCACACUCUUGGCAUUCUCUCAAACAGCUUCAUGAGACAGUCACCUGGAAUGCAUUUCAAUUAACAGGUGUGCCUUCUUAAAAGUUUAUUUGUGGAAUUUCUUUCCUUCUUAAUGCGUUUGAGCCAAUCAGUUGUGUUGUUACAAGGUAGGGGUGGUAUACAGAAGAUAGCCCUAUUUGGUAAAAGACCAAGUCCAUAUUAUGGGAAGAUCAGAUCAAAUAAGCAAAGAGAAAUGACAGUCCAUCAUUACCUUAAGAUAUGAAGGUCAGCCAAUACGGAACAUUUCAAGAACUUUGAAAGUUUCUUCAAGUGCAGUCGCAAAAAACAUCAAGCGACAUGAUGAAACUGGCUCUCAGGAAUGGAAGACCCAGAGUUACCUCUGCUGCAGAGGAUAAGUUCAUUAGAGUUACCAGCCUCAGAAAUUGCAGCCCAUAUAAAUGCUUCACAGAGUUCAAGUAACAGACACAUAUGAACAUCAACUGUUCUGAGGGGACUGUGUGAAUCAGGCCUUCAUGGUCAAAUUGCUGCAAAGAACAUAGUAAAAAUAAAGAAAAACCCUGGAAUGAGUAGGUGUGUCCAAACCUUUGACUGGUACUAAUAUAUAUACAGUGGGGAGAACAAGUAUUUGAUACACUGCCGAUGUUGCAGGUUUUCCUACUUACAAAGCAUGUAGAGGUCUGUAAUUUUUAUCAUAGGUACACUUCAACUGUGAGAGACGGAAUCUAAAACAAAAAUCCAGAAAAUCACAUUGUAUGAUAUUUAAGUAAUUAAUUUGCAUUUUAUUGCAUGACAUAAGUAUUUGAUCACCUACCAACCAGUAAGAAUUCCGGCUCUCACAGACCUGUUAGUUUUUCUUUAAGAAGCCCUCCUGUUCUCCACUCAUUACCUGUAUUAACUGCACCUGUUUGAACUUGUUACCUGUAUAAAAGACACCUGUCCACACACUCAAUCAAACAGACUCCAACCUCUCCACAAUGGCCAAGACCAGAGAGCUGUGUAAGGACAUCAGGGAUAAAAUUGUAGACCUGCACAAGGCUGGGAUGGGCUACAGGACAAUAGGCAAGCAGCUUGGUGAGAAGGCAACAACUGUUGGCGCAAUUAUUAGAAAAUGGAAGAAGUUCAAGAUGACGGUCAAUCACCCUCGGUCUUGGGCUCCGUGCAAGAUCUCACCUCGUGGGGCAUCAAUGAUCAUGAGGAAGGUGAGGGAUCAGCCCAGAACUACACGGCAGGACCUGGUCAAUGACCUGAAGAGAGCUGGGACCACAGUCUCAAAGAAAACCAUUAGUAACACACUACGCCGUCAUGGAUUAAAUUAUCCUGCAGCGCACGCAAGGUCCCCCUGCUCAGGCCAGAGCAUGUCCAGGCCCGUCUGAAGUUUGCCAAUGACCAUCUGGAUGAUCCAGAGGAGGAAUGGGAGAAGGUCAUGUGGUCUGAUGAGACAAAAAUAUAGCUUUUUGGUCUAAACUCCACUCGCCGUAUAUGGAGGAAGAAGAAGGAUGAGUACAACCCCAAGAACACCAUCCCAACCGUGAAGCAUGGAGGUGGAAACAUCAUUCUUUGGGGAUGCUUUUCUGCAAAGGGGACAGGACGACUGCACCGUAUUGAGGGGAGGAUGGAUGGGGCCAUGUACCGCGAGAUCUUGGCCAACAACCUCCUUCCCUCAGUACGAGCAUUGAAGAUGGGUCGUGGCUGGGUCUUCCAGCAUGACAAUGACCCGAAACACACAGCCAGGGCAACUAAGGAGUGGCUCCGUAAGAAGCAUCUCAAGGUCCUGGAGUCUCCAGACCUGAACCCAAUAGAACAUCUUUGGAGGGAGCUGAAAGUCCGUAUUGCCCAGCGACAGCCCCGAAAACUGAAGGAUCUGGAGAAGGUCUGUAUGGAGGAGUGGGCCAAAAUCCCUGCUGCAGUGUGUGCAAACUUGGUCAAGACCUACAGGAAACGUAUGAUCUCUGUAAUUGCAAACAAAGGUUUCUGUACCAAAUAUUAAGUUCUGCUUUUCUGAUGUAUCAAAUACUUAUGUCAUGCAAUAAAAUGCAAAUUAAUUACUUAAAAAUCAUACAAUGUGAUUUUCCGGAUUUUUGUUUUAGAUUCCGUCUCUCACAGUUGAAGUGUACCUAUGAUAAAAAUUACAGACCUCUACAUGCUUUGUAAGUAGGAAAACCUGCAAAAUCGGCAGUGUAUCAAAUACUUGUUCUCCCCACUGUGUGUGUGUGUGUGUAUAUAUAUAUAUAUACACACACACAUUCGGAAAGUAUUCAGACCCGUUGACUUUUUCCACAUUUUGUUACGUGACAGCCUUAUUCUAAAAUGCAUUAAAUUGUUUUUCCCCCCUAAUCAAUCUACACACAAUACCCCAUAAUGACAAAGCAAAAACAGGUUUUUAGAAAUUGUAGCUAAUUUAUAAAAAUUAAAAAAUACAGAACUAUCACAUUUAAUUAAGUAUUCAGACCCUUUACUCAGUACUUUGUUGAAGCACCUUUGGCAGUGAUUAAAGCCUUGAGUCUUCUUGGGUAUGACGCUACAAGCUUGGCACAACUGUAUUUGGGGAGUUUCUCCCAUUCUUCUCUGCAGAUCCUCUCAAGCUCUGUCAGGUUGGAUGGGGAGCGUUACUGCACAGCUAUGUUCAGAUGUCUCCAGAGAUGUUCGAUCGGGUUCAAGUCCAGGCUCUAGCUGGGCCACUCAAGGACAUCCAGAGACUUGUCCUGAAGCCACUCCUGCGUUGUCUUGGCUGUGUGCUUAGGGUGGUUGUCCUGUUGGAAGGUGAACCUUCGCCCCAGUCUGAGGUCCUGAGCACUCUGGAGCAGGUUUUCAUCAAGGAUCUCUCUGUACUUUGCUCUGUUCAUCUUUCCCUCGAUCCUGACUAGUCUCCCAGUCCCUGCCACUGAAAAACAUACCCACAGCAUGAUGCUGCCACCACCAUGCUUCACCGUAGGGAUGGUGCCAGGUUUCCUCCAGACGUGACGCUUGGCACUGAGGCCAAAGAGUUCAAUCUUGGUUUCAUCAGACCAGAGAAUCUUGUUUGUAAUGGUCUGAGAGUCUUUAGGUGCCUUUUGGCAAACUCCAAGCGGGCUGUCAUGUGGCUUUUACUGAGGAGUGGCUUCCGUCUGGCCACUCUACCAUAAAGGCCUGAUUGGUGGAGUGCUGCAGAGAUGGUUGUCCUUCUGGAAGGUUCUCACAUCUCCACAGAGGAACUCUAGAGAUCUGUCAGAGUGACCAAAGAGUUCUUGGUCACCUCCCUGACCAAGGCCUUUCUCUACUGAUUGCUCAGUUUGGCCAGGCGGCCAGUUUUAGGAAGAGUCUUGGUGGUUCCAAACUUCUUCCAUUUAAGAAUGAUGGAGGCCACUGUGUUCUUGGGGACCUUCAAUGCUGCAGACAUUUUUUGGUACCCUUCCCCAGAUCUGUGCCUCGACACAAUCCUGUCUCGGAGCUCUACGGACAAUUCCUUCGACCUCAUGUCUUGGUUUUUGCUCUGACAUACACUGUCAACUGUGGGACCUUAUAUAGACAGGUGUGUGCCUUUCCAAAUCAUGUUCAAUCAAUUGAAUUUACCAAAGGUGGACUCCAAUCAAGUUGUAUAAACAUAUCAAGGAUGAUCAAUGGAAACAGGAUCCACCUGAGCUCAAUUUCGAGUCUCAUAGCAAAGGGUCUGAAUAAUUAUGUAAAUAAGUUAUUUCUGUUUUUGUUUUUUUCUAAAAACCUGUUUUCGCUUUGUCAUUAUGGGGUAUUGUGUGUAGAUUGCUGAGAAUGUUUGUGGAAAAAGUCAAGGGGUCUGAAUACUUUCCGAAGGCACUGUAUAUAUAUAUAUACAGUGCCGUGAAAAGGUAUUUGCCCACUUUCUGAUUCUCUAUUUUUUACAUAUUUUUGAUACUGAAUGCUAUCAGAUAUUCAACCAAAACCUAAUAUUAGAUAGUUUACAAAUAACAAAACAAAUUGAUACUUACUGUAUUUAUUUAAUUGACAAAGUUAUGCAACACCCAAUUCCUCUGUGUAAAAAUUUAAUUGCCCCCUUACACUAACUGGUUGUGCCACCGUUAGCUGCAAUGACAGCAACCAAAUGCUACCUGUGGUUGUUGAUCAGUCUCUCACGUCGCUGUGGAGGAAAUUUGGCCCACUCUUGCAUGCAGAACUACUUUAACUCAACAACAUUUGUGGGUUUUCAAGCAUGAACUGCCACAACAUCCCAAUUGAGAUUAGGUCUGGACUUUGACUAGGCCAUUCCAAAACUUCAAAUGUGUUGCUUUUUAGCCAUUUUCAUGACUUGAUUGUUUGUUUUGGAUCAUUGUCUUGCUGCAUGACCCAGCUGCGCUUCAGCUUCAGCUCACAGACGGAUGGCCUGACAUUCUCCAGUAGAAUUAUCAGAUACAGAGCAGAAUAUUUAUGGUUCCUUCUAUUAAGGCAAGUCGUCCAGGUCCUAAGGCAGCAAAGCAUCCCCAAACCAUCACACUACCACCACCAUGCUUGACUGUUGGUAUAAGGUUCUUACUGUGGAAUGCAGGGUUUGGUUUUCACCAGGCAUAAUGGGACCCAUGUCGUCAUAUAUUUAUAUAAAUAGAAUGACCGGUACACGGUGGGAGGCAAGGAGAUGUUUGACACCCUGGCUGACCUGGUGGAGCACUACAAACGCAAAGGCAUCGAGGAGAUGUCUGGAACCUGGGUGCACCUCAAACAGGUAAAGACUUAGGACGCCAUACAGUCAAGUUACAACCUUACACAGGUUGGAGAUACUGUAUCUUAUAAUGGGUUAAAGAUCACCUGAAUGACAAGAUAGAGCCAUAUCUGAACAAAUCUUGACUUCUCCUCUCUUUCCUGUCCACUCCAUCCUUCUCUCCUUCAGCCCUACUUCUCCACCAGAGUGAAUGCAGCAGACAUUGACAGCAGAGUGAGGCUGCUGGACCAGACGGCGGAGAGAGAGAACGAGGGAGACAAGAAGAGCAAAGCAGGAUUCUGGGAGGAGUUUGAUGUAAGUCGAUUAAGUUUUUGAUGGAGGGAAGAUGUGAUGGUUUGAACAACCCUUCUUCACCUCUUCCUCUCUUUACUCAACCUGGUCUCAGAGCAUUUCAUGUUAUUAUGUAUGUCAAUUUGAGACACUUCAUUUAGUAUGAUAUGUUACGUUUCUUAUGGUAUGUAUUAAUUUGUAGAUGUCCAUCACCCAUUUUAUAUGAUAUGUUAUGAAUUACAAUUCUUAUUAUAUGUUACGGCUUUGCAAAAAACGUACAAUAUGUUACGAAUUUUCAAAAAGGACAAAUUCUAGCUAGGGAUUAGGGUUAAGGUUAGGGGAAGGGUUAGCUAAAAGGGUUAAGGUUAGGGGAAGGGUUCGCUAACAUGCUAAGUAGUUGCAAAGUAGCUAAAAAGUAGUAAGUAGUUGAAAAGUUUCUAAAAUGCUAAAGUUGCCCUUGAUGAGAUUCAAACUUGUAACCUUUGGGUUGCUAGACGUUCGCGUUAUACACCCACGCAUCCACCCCGACUAACCACCUUACUUUCGUUUUAGCUUAAGUAACCAUCUAUCUUAUGUAACCAUACCAAACAUAACAUAUCAUUCUAAUUCGAGUGUUACGGAUUUGUUUACUAUGUUACGUCUAGUCUAUGAGACCCGGCUGCUUUUCUCUACUGUAGGUUUUCUGAGGCCUAAUUUCUAACGCGCUCCCCGGACAGCACUAGCGAUCGCACAAGUUGAUUUUGUCCUCCCACACCAGACAUGAUCAGGAACACGCAGGUUGAAAUAUCAAAACAAACUCUUAACCAAUUAUAUUAAUUUCGGGACAGGUCAAAAAGCAUUCAACAUUUAUGGGAAUUUAGCUAGCUAGCUUGCGGUUGCUAGCUAAUUUGUCAUGGGAUAUAAACAUUGGGUUGUUAUUUUACCUGAAAUGCACAAGGUCCUCUACUCCGACAAUUAAUACACAGAUAAACCGGUAAACGUUUGUUUUCUAGUAAUCUCUCCUCCUUCAGGCUUCUUCUUCUUCUUUGGACUUUAUAUGGCGGUUGUCAACCAACUUUAUGGUGCAUUACCACAACCAACUGGACUGGAGAGUGGACCUCAGUUCAUCUUUCAAUCACCCAUGUGGGUAGAUGCUCCUAAAAACCAAUGAGGAGAUGGGAGAGGCAGGAUUUGCAGCACGUUAAGUAUCACCAAUAGAACCGAGUUCUAUUUUAGCGCCUGGCCACGUAGACGCUCGUUGACGUGCGCGAGCAGUGUGGGUGCAACGAUUGAAUAACAUGUAUGUGUACAUUUAUUUUGCCACGCUCGCGCACAAGACGCGUAAGGUGUGGUCACCGCUGACCUUACGUGCGCGAGCGUUGCAAAAAAAAUGCGUGUGCGGUCUGGGUAGCAAGUUAGAAAUUAGUCCUCAGAAAAAAUCAACACGCGUGCGAUGGUGCACGCGCGCGCAGGGUGUAGUCACCAAGUGUGUCUGUGUUUGAUGCUUUAGUUGGUCAUAUAAACUGUGUAUGUAAUGUGCCUUUACUCUUGUGCAAUAUGGUGAAACAUUUUGAAACAUGUUCCGUUGGACAAGUCAAAGCGAGAGUGUUGCAAGGAAAAACUAUAAUCAAAUGGUUAAACGUCUCACUACUACAGCCAUAGGAAGUAGACUGCAACAACCAUAGACUACUUUUUUACUACCACCAUGUGGUAGCAUGUGGUACGGCUAUUUGAGGCCUUUGUCCCAAUUCUCUAAUCUCAGAAACCCACAACUAUAACCUUGCGUAAUUGCGUCAGAUGCUACAUAGUCUGGUCACGAGAGAUUAGAUAUUGUCUAACACUAAUUCCAAACUGCUUUAACAGUACAUAAAAAAUAACUUUUCAAAUGGUAAAAAAAAUAUGGGUAACGAAUUUACAUUAACUGUAUGUUCAUUAAGCAUACAUAACACAUCCAUGAUCAUAUAAUAAACAUGACAUAUUUAUAGAGCAUUCAUUAAUGUAUUCAUAGUAAUUUAGUAUGUCAGUAUUCCACAAAUACUGGAAAUGGGGUUUCCAUGUCUUUAAACAUUAACUCAUUCUCCUGAAGGUAUUGCUGAAAAGAGUUUGAGUUGUCACAACUGGGUUGGGUGACUUUAUGUUUGGGAUUUUUACAGUCAACCCCUUCCCUCAAGUCUGUGAGGUUAGGCCAGGGGUUAGGUUACACUGGUCCUGGUGUGCACAUGCAGGCUUUUGUUCUAGCCCUGUGAAAUAGUAAACACUGGAUGUAUGUGUAACCCCAAUCCUGUAGACCAAUUAGAGUUCACCUGAGCUGACACAGGCUAACAGGCAGGAUGAGAGGGGCUGAUGCUGCUGAUUAGGAACCUCACUGAAAGUCUCCUCAUAACCAGGGGACUGGAUUAGCACUAGCAGCAGCUCCCACCAGGGGUCAGGGGUCAGGACAGGUUGUAAGGCGCUACAGUAUAGCUGGACUAGCUAUAAGCAGUACGUCUAUCCCCUAAUGUGUACAUUGAGAUGAACACAAGAUAUACAGUGCAUUCGAAAAGUAUUCAGACCCCUUGACUUUUUCCACAUUUUGUUACAUUACAGCCUUAUUCUAAAAUGGAUUAAAUUCAUUUUUUUCCCUCAACAAAGCGAAACAGGUUUUUAGAAAUGUUUGCUAAUUUAUAAAAAAUAAAAAACAGAAAUACCUUAUUUACAUAAACUACCGUUCAAAAGAUUGGGGUCACUUAGAAAUGUCCUUGUUUCGAAAGAAAAGCAUUUUUUUGUCCAUUAAAAUAACAUAAAAUUGUUCAGAAAUACAGUGUAGACAUUGUUAAGGUUGUAAAUGGCUACUGUAGCUGGAAACGGCUGAUUUUUUAUGGAAUAUCUACAAAGGCAUACAGAGGCCCAUUAUCAGCAACCGUCAGUCCUGUGUUCCAAUGGCACGUUGUGUUUGCUAAUCUAAGUUUAUAAUUUUAAAAGGCUAAUUGAUAAUUAGAAAACCCUUUUGCAAUUAUGUUAGCACAGCUGAAAACUGUUGUGCUGAUUAAAGAAGCAAUAAAACGGGCCUUCUUGAGACUAGUUGAGUACAGUGAGGGAAAAAAGUAUUUGAUCCCCUGCUGAUUUUGUACGUUUGCCCACUGACAAAGACAUGAUCAGUCUAUAAUUUUAAUGGUAGGUUUAUUUGAACAGUGAGAGACAGAAUAACAACAACAAAAAUCCAGAAAAACACAUGUCAAAAAUUUUAUAAAUUGAUUUGCAUUUUAAUGAGGGAAAUAAGUAUUUGACACCUCUGCAAAACAUGACUUAGUACUUGGUGGCAAAACCCUUGUUGGCAAUCACAGAGGUCAGACGUUUCUUGUAGUUGACCACCAGGUUUGCACACAUCUCAGGAGGGAUUUUGUCCCACGCCUCUUUGCAGAUAUUCUCCAAGUCAUUAAGGUUUCGAGCCUGACGUUUGGCAACUCAAACCUUCAGCUCCCUCCACAGAUUCUCUAUGGGAUUAAGGUCUGGAGACUGGCUAGGCCACUCCAGGACCUUAAUGUGCUUCUUCUUGAGUCACUCCUUUGUUGCCAUGGCCGUGUGUUUUGGGUCAUUGUCAUGCUGGAAUACCCAUCUACGACCCAUUUUCAAUGCCCUGGCUGAGGGAAGGAGGUUCUCACCCAAGAUUUGACGGUACAUGACGCCGUCCAUCGUCCCUUUGAGGCGGUGAAGUUGUCCUGUCCCCUUAGCAGAAAAACACCCCCAAAGCAUAAUGUUUCCACCACCAUGUUUGACGGUGGGGAUGGUGUUCUUGGGGUCAUAGGCAGCAUUCCUCCUCCUCCAAACACGGCGAGUUCAGUUGAUGCCAAAGAGCUCGAUUUUGGUCUCAUCUGACUACAACACUUUCACCCAGUUCUCCUCUGAAUCAUUCAGAUGUUCAUUGGCAAACUUCAGACGGGCCUGUGUAUGUGCUUUCUUGAGCAGGGGGACCUUGUGGGCGCUGCAGGAUUUCAGUCCUUCACGGCGUAGUGUGUUACCAAUUGUUUUCUUGGUGACUAUAGUCCCAGCUGCCUUGAGAUCAUUGACAAGAUCCUCCCGUGUAGUUCUGGGCUGAUUCCUCACCGUUCUCAUGAUCAUUGCAACUCCAUGAGGUGAGAUCUUGCAUGGAGCCCCAGGCUGAGGGAGAUUGACAGUUAUUUUGUGUUUCUUCGUUUGCGAAUAAUUGCAACUGUUGUCACCUUCUCACCAAGCUGCUUGGCGAUGGUCUUGUAGCCCAUUCCAGCCUUGUGUAGGUCUACAAUCUUGUCCCUGACAUCCUUGGAGAGCUCUUUGGUCUUGGCCAUGGUGGAGAGUUUGGAAUCUGAUUGAUUGAUUGCUUCUGUGGACAGGUGUCUUUUAUACAGGUAACAAGCUGAGAUUAGGAGCACUCCAUUUAAGAGUGUGCUCCUAAUCUCAGCUCGUUACCUGUAUAAAAGACACCUGGGAGCCAGAAAUCUUUCUGAUUGAGAGGGGGUCAAAUACUUAUUUCCCUCAUUAAAAUGCAAAUCAAUUUAUAACAUUUUUGACAUGCGUUUUUCUGGAUUUUUUUGUUGUUAUUCUGUCUCUCACUGUUCAAAUAAACCUACCAUUAAAUUAUAGACUGAUCAUGUCUUUGUCAGUGGGCAAACGUACAAAAUCAGCAGGGGAUCAAAUACUUUACCCCUCACUGUAAUCAGUCAGGAUUACUUCAAGCUCCCAUCAUGUAGUCAGGAUUACUCUCAAGCUCCCAUCCUGUAGUCAGGAUUACUCUCAAGCUCCCAUCCUGUAGUCAGAAUAACUCUCAAGCUCCCAUUCUGUAGUCAGGAUUACUCUCAAGCUCCUAUCCUGUAGUCAGGAUUACUCUCAAGCUCCUAUCCUGUAGUCAGGAUUACUCUCAAGCUCCUAUCAUGUAGUCAGAAUAACUCUCAAGCUCCCAUUCUGUAGUCAGGAUUUCUCUCAAGCUCCUAUCCUGUAGUCAGGAUUACUCUCAAACUCCCAUCCUGUGCUCAUCACUCUCACUUUGAUGACCUGAAAUGGCUCAAGGUGAAAACACCUGAGAGUCACGCCAAUCAAGAUGGGGCUUAUCCACUAAACUGUGUAGCCCUGUCCCCAGAUACCUACUGUAAUUAUUUAAGGCGCAUUAGACACGCUCUAGUACUCCACCAGAGGGAGCUCUACCGACUUUUUUCCCUGUAGAUUCAAGAGCUCCAUGGGGAAAAACUCUUUCCUCUAGUCCAGUGUUUCCCAAACUGUGGGUUCGGCAGGGGAUUUUUGUAAACAAUUUUUUAAAGGAACUCAGUCCGGCUUUAAACGUACUCUUGAAAGUUGUAGUAGUAGAAUGCACAAGGUGCAAUUUCGAAAUUGAAUAGCGCAUCAACAGUUCCUCUUGUCAUGUUAGUCAUUGCAUACCUUAGCUAGCUAUUUAUAACUUAUCAGAAAUGUCCAGAUCAACUAGCCCAUGUCAGCUAAUGUUUUUUUAUUUAGGUUUUUUAGCCCAUAGAUAUUGUUGUAAUUUUUUUUGUCACUCAAAUAUCACAUGAAUACACAGCAGACAUGGCAAAAUGUAUAGAAUUGCAAGAAAAUGUGCUUUAAAACUGCUACAUUUUCUUUGCACCACAUGACAAAAUGUGUAGAAUUGCAGGAAGUAAGCUUUAAACCUGCAAAAUUCUCUCCACCAACAAGAUAGGUUUGAACAGUUUGUGUCAUGAACAGUGCUUGUGCCCAUAGAAAUAGACGUGGUGUGCGCGCACAGGGGGGACCUGGGAUGUUCCCCAAUGCUGGAAGGCCCAGAGUGAAAACAUUUGGGAACCCCUGCUCUAGUCUGUGGCAGUACUGUGGAACAAGGGAAACAUUUGUCAUUAGAGAUUAGCUUUAAGGUGUCACUUAAAAAUGGUUGAGAAAUGGCUGUUUGAUUGAGGGUAUUUUUCUUUCCAAGAAGUGCCCCGUUUAAAGGCCCCUCUAUACUGUUGGUUAAGUUAUUGAAUGCUGUUGGUGUUUUUAAAAAUUGCAUUGAGCUUACAGUGUCUAUCUUUCUCUCUCUCUCUCUCCUUCUCUCUCUUUCUUGUUCUUUCCAGGCCCUUCAAAAGCAGGAGUCGAAGGUGAAGAAAAGCAGAGAAGAAGGGAUGAGACCAGAAAACAAAAGCAAAAACCGAUAUAAGAAUAUCCUUCCCUGUAAGAUCAUCUCCUUCUAAAGUGCAAUGAUAUAUCGUUAUCUUUUUACCCAUUUUCUUUCAAUUUUCUCUUCCAUUUAUAUUCUCUCUGUCUGAUACAUCUCCCCCAUCUCUCUCUCUCUCUCUCUCUCUCUCUCUCUCUCUCUCUCUCUCUCUCUCUCUCUCUCUCUCUCUCUCUCUCUCUCUCUCUCUCUCUCUCAUCAUUCCAUCUCUACACUCAUCCUAUUAUCCUCCCAGUUGAUGAGACCAGGGUCAUUCUGUUAUCUGGAGACCCCAAUAUCAUUGGCUCAGAUUACAUCAAUGGCAAUUAUCUGACAGUAAGUACAUGUUAUGUCACCGUGUAGUCUCAACAUCACACUCCAAAUGAUAAACCAUUGUUAUGAAUCCAUAAUAAGUCUAAACAUGAAUAUGUUUGAAUUAAUAUGAUCAAAGACUAUAAUUGCAAUGGGCUUUGUAUCCAUGUACAGUCGUGGUCAAAAGUCUUGAGAAUGUAUUGGUCUUGUAUUGGUCUUGACACAAGUAUUGGUCUUCACAAAGUUUGCUGCUUCAGUGUUUUUAGAUAUUUUUGUCAGAUGUUACUAUGGUAUACUGAUGUAUAAUUACAAGCAUUCCAUAAGUGUCAAAGGCUUUUAUGGACAAUUACAUUAAGUUUAUGCAAAGAGUCCAUAUUUGCAGGGUUGACCCUUCUUUUUCAAGACCUCUGCAAUCCGCCCUGGCAUGCUGUCAAUUAACUUCUGGGCCACAUCCUGACUGAUGGCAGCCCAUUCUUGGAUAAUCAAUGCUUGGAGUUUGUCAGAAUUUGUGGGGUUUUGUUUGUCCACCCGCCUCUUGAGGAUUGACCACAAGUUCUCAAUGGUAUUAGGGUCUGGGGAGUUUCCUGGCCAUGGACCCAAAAAUGUCAAUGUUUUGUUCCCCGAGCCACUUAGUUAUCACUUUUGCCUUAUGGCAAGGUGCUCCAUCAUGCUGGAAAAGGCAUUGUUCGUCACCAAACUGUUCUUGGGUGGUUGGGAGAAGUUGCUCUCUGAGGAUGUGUUGGUACCAUUCUUUAUUCAUGGCUGUGUUCUUAGGCAAAAUUGUGAGUGAGCCCACUCCCUUGGCUGAGAAGCAACCCCACACAUGAAUGGUCUCAGGAUGCUUUACUGUUGGCAUGACACAGGACUGAUGGUAGCGCUCACCUUGUCUUCUCCGGACAAGUUGUUUUCCAGAUGCCCCAAACAAUCGGAAAGGGGAUUGAUCAGAGAAAAUGACUUUACCCCAGUCCUCAGCAGUCCAAUCCCUGUACCUUUUGCAGAAUAUCAGUCUGUCCCUGAUAUUUUUCCUGGAGAGAAGUGUCUUCUUUGCUGCCCUUCUUGACACCAGGCCAUCCUCCAAAAGUCUUCGUCUCACUGUGCGUGCAGAUGCACUCACACCUGCCUGCUGCCAUUCCUGAGCAAGCUCUGCACUGGUGGUGCCCCGAUCCCGCAGCUGAAUCAACUUUAGGAGACGGUCCUGGCGAUUGCUGGACUUUCUUGGGCGCCCUGAAGCCUUCUUCACAACAAUUGAACCUCUCUCCUUGAAGUUCUUGUUGAUCCGAUAAAUGGUUGAUUUAGGUGCAAUCUUACUAGCAGCAAUAUCCUUGCCUGUGAAGCCCUUUUUGUGCAAAGCAAUGAUUACAGCACGUGUUUCCUUGCAGGUAAUCAUGGUUAACAGAGGAAGAACAAUGAUUUCAAGCAUCACCCUCCUUUUAAAGCUCCCAGUCUGUUGUUCUAACUCAAUCAGCAUGACAGAGUGAUCUCCAGCCUUGUUCUCGUCAACACUCUCACCUGUGCUAACGAGAGAAUCACUGACAUGAUGUCAGCUGGUCCUUUUGUGGCAGGGCUGAAAUGCAGUGGAAAUGUUUUUGGGGGAUUAAGUUCAUUUUCAUGGAAAAGAGGGACUUUGCAAUUAAUUGCAAUUAAUCUGAUCACUCUUCAUAACAUUCUGGAGUAUAUGCAAAUUGCCAUCAUAACAACUGAGGCAGCAGACUUUGUGAAAAUUAAUAUUUGUGUCAUUCUCAAAACUCUUGACCACGACUGUAGACAAUAUUUGACAUAUUUUACUAAUUUUCUCCAUCUCUUUGUAGAAUAAGCUGCAGGAGCCUUGUGACCAGAAGGUGUACAUUGCCUGUCAGGGCUGCCUUGCAACAACUGUCAACGAUUUCUGGCAGAUGGUGUGGCAGGAGAACACAAGGGUCAUUGUCAUGACAACCAGGGAGGUCGAGAAGGGACGGGUUAGUGACUUAAGAGUGUUUUCUGAAAAUUCAAAAGCAUUUUCUUUUACAUUGUAUGAUUUCAAUAUUAUAACAAAUAGUAUAAACUUCCCAUCUAAUUUUCCUCAAACAAUUUCUCCAUGUUUUUCGAUGCAGAAUAAAUGUGUGCCAUACUGGCCAGAAAUGCAGGACUUCAAAGACGUGGGGCCGUAUGUGGUCACCAAUGUGUCUGAGAGAGAUGCCACUGACUACAAGAUCAGGAUAAUGGAGAUCUCCCCUCUGGACCAGGUAGGUACCACCGGCUGGCUCCACCCAUCAUCUCGACUCUUACCUCUGUCAUCACUGUCAAUACUGUCAUCACUGUUACCUCUGUCAUCACUGUUACCUCUGUCAUCUCUGUCAUUGCUGUUAACACUGUUACCUCUGUCAUCACAAUUCAUCACUACCAUCAUUGUCAUAACUGUUAACAAUGUUAUCUCUGUAAUCUCUAAUACUGUUUCACUGUUAUCGCUAUCAUCACCAUCAGUGUAUCACUGUUACCCUUAUCAUCACUGUCGUCUCUGUCAUUACUGUUACCUCUGUCAUCACUGUUACCUCUGUCAUAACUGUUACCUCUGUCACCACUGUCAUCACUACCAUCUUUGUCAUAACUGUUAACAAUGUUAUCUCUGUCAUCUCUAAUACUGUUUCACUGUUAACACUGUUAUCGCUAUCAUCACCAUCAGUGUAUCACUGUUACCCUUAUCAUCACUGUUGUCUCUGUCGUCCCUGUUACCUCUGUCAUCACUGUUACCAUUAUCAUCACUGUCGUCUCUGUCAUCCCUGUUACUUCUGUCAUCACUGUUACCUUGGUCAUCACUGCAGUCACAGAUUAGCUGAGUUUACAGUAUUACUCAUGUCUCUCCUCUUUGUCUCUUUCCUCUCUCUUCCUCUCCUCCUCGUCUGUCCCAGUCGGACUCGGUCCGUACUAUCUGGCACUACCAGUACCUGAGCUGGCCUGACCAUGGAGUUCCCGAGGAGCCAGGAGGGGUGCUCAGCUUCCUCACUCAGGUCAACGCAAAACAGGACGAGUUCCCCGACGCCGGGCCUAUGAUCAUCCACUGCAGGUAUAUUCUAUCUAUCAUCCUUCUUGCUAUAUUCCAGCUGUAUUCAGGAAGAUAAGUGUCAGUUCUAUCCAUUCUCUGUAGUCUAGAAUACAGUCAGAUUGUUUUUUUUCAGGAUUAAGAUUAGUUGUUAAGAUUAGUUGCCGUUCUCAUGAUUAGUUGUUAAGAUUAGUUGCCGUUCUCAGCGUUUUAUGUCAACUGACAGUUUAUCCUAUAGGAAUUUUCCCCUUGUGACAUCAAGAAUAGGGAGAGUACUUGUACUCUUGGACGUAGUUGGUCCCGUUACUAUUUGUUAUGUACAGUAACCAGUCAUAAGUACAGUAUACUAGAGUACACAGUGUUUACAUGGCUGUUGCAGUACAGUUUAAUGACAAAAGCUAUUUCCUUUGCUUCUUUACACUGACAGACUUCAAUAGGGACAAAGUUCUUAUUGAAUACACUGGUUUUUGUAAUGUAACCAAACUGUCACAGUCACAUGUGUGUGUAAAGUGGUCAUCCCCUGGCUGAGACAUCUGUUAGUGUGACAACUUGACAAAUCCCUCUCCAUUUGUCCAUGAUCACUUUACAUCUCCGAUCACAGAACUGUGUAGAUUAUCAAUACUGCUCUAGAAAUUCUGUUUCAAUACAGUUCAAUCAUUUCAGUGAAUUGCAUUGAGUCCAAUCACAUCAUACUGUACUGACAGUUUUCCAUACAACCACCCUGUUUGUGUUGUGUUUCUGUGUAGUGCUGGAAUAGGCCGAACUGGCACCAUUGUGGUGAUCGACAUGAUCAUCGAGACCAUCAACACUAAAGGUGAGUCUCUUUCAUUACCAAAGUUCCCGAAUUUCUUCAGAUCUUCAUGAUAUUAUACUGUCUCUUAUUAUGGUUCCUUCGUCCCAUGAUCCUUGUAAUGCCUGUCAAUAUUGUAGAAUUACAACGUUUUUACUGAUUGUGAUUUUAACUUCCUUGUUGUCCAUAGGUCAGGACUGUGACAUAGACAUCCAGAAGAGCAUCCAGAUGGUGCGAGACCAGCGGUCAGGCAUGGUGCAGACUGAAGCCCAGUACAAGUUCAUCUACCUGGCCGUCUCUCAGUACAUAGAGGCCUCCAAGGUCUCCAUGAUGGCCUACAACAAGGUCAGGGAGACGGAGGAAGGAGGAAGGGAGAGGGGGGGAGGUAGCAAUAGAAGGAAGAGAGGAAUAUGGGUAAUAUGGAAUCAAACAUAUAUUGUUCUCCUCUCCCAAGUGCCCUGGCUACUGUAUAUAUAGAUAAAAUAACACCAACAAGACAGCAGAGAGAGACUCAGAUAUCAGCUAACACAGCAGGAUCUGUGUCAAUACAUACUUAUCACUGUUGUUGUGCAUGUUCUUUUGUCCUCCAGACACAUAUCUUAUCAGAGACUGCAUUGUAAAAGAUGAACAUUGACAGAGAGAGGUUGAAAUUGUUAACGGAAAUUGCUAAUGUUCUGGGAAAUUGUUAAGAAGACUAUGACUUAACUCUGCACAUUGACUUACCCUAUACCACCCAUCAUGUCUAACACUCGCUUUCCUGUUCUCCCUUUUGUAGGGAGCUGAGACAGAGUAUGGGAAUUUGCAGUUCAAACACAAGCCUGCCAGCCGCAAGGUCUCCAAGUGAGUUUGUACAGUGUGUGUCUGUGCACAUGCCAUUGGAGUCCCGUACAUAUUCCCAUCUCUCCUCAAAACCACACUCCAAUGCCACAUUGGGUGAAAGUUAUCUGGCGCACGCCACACACUUAGUUCCUAUAAGCCAUAUUGAAAAUGGGACCAUUGUUUAUCAUCGUCGUCCCCGGUGUUUCUCCAUCUUUCUGUUGUCCAAUUUAGCUGAUUGGGCACAUUUGUGUAACAUUUGGAGGCGAUACUGAUAUGAGAAUGUAGGGACACGGGUUCUUCUUGACCAGGAAACACUUUGGACUGUAUAAUCAGGUUAUAGGGAUCACCCUGGUUAUACAGCAUGGUUCACCCUGGUUAUACGGCUGGCUAUAGGGAUCAGAGUUCUUCCUGGUCAGGAAAGUCUCUGGGCCCUAGUAAUGAAAGAGCCCCCGAGGCACCCACGUCAUGUAUAAUCCAACCCCUAUCUCUAGUACAGUAUAAUACACCACAGUGUAACCCCCAUCUCUAGUACAGUAUAAUACACCACAGUGUAACCCCUAUCUCUAGUACAGUAUAAUACACCACAGUGUAACCCCUGUCUCUAGUACAGGAUAAUACACCACAGUGUAACCCCUGUCUCUAGUACAGUAUAAUACACCACAGUGUAACCCCUGUCUCUAGUACAGUAUAAUACACCACAGUGUAACCCCUGUCUCUAGUACAGGAUAACAGUGUAACCCCUGUCUCUAGUACAGGAUAAUACACCGCAGUGUAACCCCUGUCUCUAGUACAGGAUAAUACACCGCAGUGUAACCCCUGUCUCUAGUACAGGAUAAUACACCACAGUGUAACCCCUGUCUCUAGUACAGGAUAAUACACCGCAGUGUAACCCCUGUCUCUAGUACUGUAUUAAUUAAUUAUUAAUUAAUAUGCCAUUUAGCAGACACUUUUAUCCAAAGCGACUUACAGUCAUGCGUGCAUAAUUUUUUUUUUGUGUAUGGGUGGUCCCGGGGAUCGAACCCACUACCUUGGCGUUACAAGCGCCGUGCUCUACCAGCUGAGCUACAAUACACCGCAGUGUAACCGCUGUCUCUAGUACAGGAUAAUACACUGCAGUGUACUCCCUGUCUCUAGUACAGGAUAAUACACCACAGUGUAACCCCUGUCUCUAGUACAGGAUAAUACACCACAGUGUAACCCCUGUCUCUAGUACAGUAUAAUACACCACAGUGUAACCCCUGUCUCUAGUACAGUAUAAUACACCGCAGUGUAACCCCUGUCUCUAGUACAGUAUAAUACACCACAGUGUAACCCCUAUCUCUAGUACAGUAUAAUACACCACAAUGUAACCCCUAUCUCUAGUACAGUAUAAUACACCACAGUGUAACCCCUAUCUCUAGUACAGUAUAAUACACCACAGUGUAACCUCUGUCUCUAGUACAGUAUAAUACACCACAGUGUAACCCCUGUCUCUAGUACAGUAUAAUACACCACAGUGUAACCCCUGUCUCUAGUACAGGAUAAUACACCACAGUGUAACCCCUGUUUCUAGUACAGGAUAAUACACCCCAGUGUAACCCCUGUCUCUAGUACAGGAUAAUACACCCCAGUGGAAACCCUGUCUCUAGUACAGUAUAAUACAUUUUUUACAUUUUUUUACAUUUUUAGUCAUUUAGCAGACGCUCUUAUCCAGAGCGACUUACAGUUAGUGAAUACAUUUUUUUUUUUUAUACUGGCCCCCCGUGGGAAUCGAACCCACAACCCUGGCGUUGCAAACGCCAUGCUCUAUCAACUGAGCUACAUCCCUGCCGGCCAUUCCCUCCCCUACCCUGGACGACGCUGGGCCAAUUGUGCGCCGCCCAUGAGUCUCCCGGUCGCGGCCGGCUGCGACAGAGCCUGGAUUCGAACCAGGAUCUAGUGGCACAGUUAGCACUGCGAUGCAGUACCUUAGACCACUGCGCCACAGUGUAACCCCUGUCUCUAGUACAGGAUAAUACACCACAGUGUAACCCCUGUCUCUAGUACAGUAUAAUACACCACAGUGUAACCCCUGUCUCUAGUACAGUAUAAUACACCACAGUGUAACCCCUGUCUCUAGUACAGUAUAAUACACCACAGUGUAACCCCUGUCUCUAGUACAGGAUAAUACACCACAGUGUAACCCCUGUCUCUAGUACAGUAUAAUACACCACAGUGUAACCCCUGUCUCUAGUACAGUAUAAUACACCACAGUGUAACCCCUGUCUCUAGUACAGUAUAAUACACCACAGUGUAACCCCUGUCUCUAGUACAGGAUAAUACACCACAGUGUAACCCCUGUCUCUAGUACAGUAUAAUACACCACAGUGUAACCCCUGUCUCUAGUACAGUAUAAUACACCACAGUGUAACCCCUGUCUCUAGUACAGUAUAAUACACCACAGUGUGAAUCUGGCACUGGCCUGACACAGGUGGCUCAGCGCCCUGAGUUGUGUUAGGAAAGCUGUUGAUUGGUUAGGAAAGCUGUUGAUGAAGUUAGGAAAGCUGUUGAUUGGUUCAUCCAUUUAUCUAAUUCCUGCACAGUAUACUGUGGUCCCCGCGGGCCUCUGGUGCCCGCCUGGCCAAGGCUACGGCUACUCAAACUUGUGGGUAAGCUCACAAUCCAGUGUGGUGUGGGUAAGCUCACAAUCCAUAGUUCACUGGAGAGCUCUGAGCUGGCUAUGUACAGUAUGAAGGGAAACGUGUCACUGUCGCUACUUCUGAGUGUUUAUUUCCUAAGCUAGGCAAUACCUGUUUUAAUAUUAAGUUUGUGCACUAUCCUUGUGUUGUUAACCUGUCAGGGUACUGUUUGGUGGGCUGCUACUAACUGAAGAUCCAAAGAGUGCUCCUUCCCUUACACACAAAGAAGCCUACAUUAUUAUCUCUCAGCUAUUUGAACCUGCGGGUUUCUAACAUUAUGUCCUCUCGCUUGUAUUGUCUCUCUUUUAGAAACAAGGAACAGGAAUUGUAUGAAAACCAAGCCAAAGGAAGGAAAGACGUGAAGAAGCAGAAAUCAGAGGAGAAGAAGAGUGGCUCAGUGAGAAAAAGAUAAAGGAAGAGAGGAUGAGAGAGCUGUGUCCUGAUCAUUUAAUAUAGAAUUUGAUAUGAACUUUUUAUUUUUAAAGAUUUAAAGAGUGUUUUUUUAUAUCAAGCGAUAAAGUUGAUGCCUGUGAUAGAAUUAAGAUUAUAAAGCAAAGUACUACUAGAUUUGGGCUCUGGGUCCCCUGCACCCAUGCAAAUGGUAAUGGAUUGACAUUUUUGCUGAGAAUAAAGGCUCAGAGUAAUAUGCA